UUUAUGAAGCUAUGGAUCUUUGCAAAGAAUCUAUUGCAAAGGCAUUUGGGGGUGAUGAGAGGAAGUAUGAAAAAGUUUUUAAGAUCAUUGAUAAAAGAUGGUCGGAUCAACUUCAUCGACCUUUGCAUGCAGCAGGACAUAUUCUGAACCCGGGGUUAUAUUAUAAGAAUGCAGCUGCUGAAACUUUAGAUGGAGAAGUGUGGGAUGACUACAUUUCAUGUCUUGAGAAGUUGGUCCCUGAUCACAAUUUGAGAGAUAAAAUGUCGGUUGAGCUUGGUAAGUAUAGACAAGCAGAUGGGACAUUUGGUAAGGAAUCUGCCAUUAGAGCUAGAGACCGUUUGUCACCAGUCGAAUGGUGGAUGCAAUAUGGUAACCAUGUUCCAGCCUUGCAAAAGUUUGCUAUCAAAGUACUAAGCUUAACUUGUAGUGCAUCCGGAUGUUAAAAAAAUUGGAGUGUCUAUGAACAUGUGAGAGAGAAGAAGAUUUAUUCUAUCAGUUAUAUUACAUAAUUACAUUAUCCUUAUUUUAUUAGCAUUCUUUAAUUACUCUCUACAACUUAUACACAGAUUCACUCCAAGAAGAGGAAUAGACUUGAGCUAAAACGUCUCAAUGAUCUAGUGUACAUUAAGUACAAUAGAACAUUGAAGCGUCGUUAUAAAGCUCGCGACACCAUUGAUCCAAUUAGGUUGGAGAAUAUUGAGGAG